AUGAACGAGUCAGUGGUACAACCUGAUUAUCCUGAACAAUUGCUGAAUAAGCUUUCAUUACCUUGUAAUGAAUCUGCACAAAGAUAUCCUGAAAAAUCAAUAGAACAUAAAAAGUUACAGGAAGCAAUACAUGCAGUAAUGGAACAAUGUGAUAAAGAUAUUCCAAUUAUGAUUGGAUGUAAAGAGCAUCGGACAGAGGCCAUACAAACCCAGCAAAUUCCAUUUAAUCACGAGCGAAGUAUUACCAAAUAUUAUCAUGCUGAUGAACAUUUAAUUCAAAAAGCAAUAGAUGAAGCGAUAAAAGCUCAAAUAGAAUGGGACCGAAUUCCAUUUAUUGACCGAUGCAGAAUUUGGGAAACUGCUGCAAAAUUAAUGGGUGAUAAAUAUCGAUAUUUACUAAAUGCUGCUACUAUUUUGGGCCAAGCAAAAACAUCAUAUGAAUCAGAAAUUGAUGCAGCCUAUUCAAAUAAAUAUCAACCAACUAGUGAGGUUCCAAUUUUAAAUACAUGGAAAAAUCGUGGAUUUAAUGGUUUUUGGGCAGCCAUAACUCCAUUUAAUUUUACAUCAAUUGCUGGUAAUGUCGCAUACGCACCUACUUUAGCUGGUAAUGCUGUAGUUUGGAAACCAUCGGAUAAUGCAAUUUUAUCAAAUUGGUAUGUGUACAAUAUAUGUCGUGAAGCAGGCGUACCACCUGGAGUUGUUAAUUUUGUGCCUGCUGAUCCAGAAACAUUUGCAAAUGUAGUCACACGUAGUCCAGAAUUAGUGGGCAUCAAUUUUGUCGGUUCAUCAGAAGCAUUUAAAUCACUAUGGAAAAAAGUUGGUGCAAAUACAGAUUGUUACAAGAAUUUCCCUCGUAUGGUUGGUGAAACUGGCGGAAAAAAUUAUCAUUUUGUUUGUGAAGAUGCAGAUGCGGAUCAAGUUGCGCAUGAUACAAUUGCAGCUGCAUUUAGUUAUUCUGGACAGAAAUGUUCAGCUUGCUCACGUUUGUACGUUCCUUCUUCAUUUUGGUGUGUAUUAAAAGAGAAAUUGUGUGAAAUACAAAAAAGAUUAGUUGUUGGUGCUGCGGAUUGUCAUCAUACAUCGUUAUCCGCGGUGAUAAAUGGAAGUGCUUUCGAUCGGAUUGAGUCUUACAUAAAGUAUGCACAUGAACAACCACAUUUAAAAAUUGUGUGUGGUGGAAAAUGUGAUAAAUCUCAUGGAUAUUACAUAACACCAACAAUUAUUGAAACAACCGAUCCAAAUGACAGAUUAAUGGUGGAUGAAAUAUUUGGACCAGUAUUAACUGUAUACCAAUAUGAAGAGAAGGAUUUUCAAACUAUAAUUGAAAACAUUAAAUGGGCAGUUGUUGGCCACCAACCAUUUGGUGGCAGUAAAAUGUCAGGAACCAAUGAUAAAGCAGGUGGACCAUAUUAUCCGCUAAGAUUUGUCAAUCCUUUGGUUAUUAAAGAAAAUCUUGCACCACCUAAAAAAGUUUAA